AUGGAUGUGGCAAGCGCACUAGUCCGAAGCGUCGUUCGCGCCUUCUACGAAACCCGACAGAUCCUAGUGGUUGAUGCACUGUUUAUACACUCAGUACUUCAUGCCGAAGACCUUGCGCAUCUACUCGGCAUGCAGCAGAAGGAUUUGCGGAAGCUUUGUUCUAGUCACACGCGAAGUGAGAUCCGUGAAGGCUCUACUCGGCCCGUGAACCGCGAUUACUAUUACAUCCCGCUACACCCUGUCAUUGACGCGAUCAAAUUCCGAGUCCUUCGCUUAACGUCCACUAUCAAAGCCCAAUAUACGCCGAGCGAGGAUCGUAAAGAGUACAUAUGUCUACGAUGUGGAUCAGAAUGGACCGAACUCGACGUUCUGAGCCUCUACAGCGAUGAAGGAUUCGAGUGUCAAUCCUGCGGUGCUAUUCUGGAGCGUACCGAAGAUGUCAAAGGCACGGAAGGACUCGACCGUACUGGUCACGAAAAGAAUAGUAAACUCAUGGCACAACUGGAAGCAUUCACAACUCUGCUAAAACAGAUUGACGCAACGGAUAUUCCAGUUAAUGACUUCGAGACCGCAUGGGACCACAAAGUCGAAGUCAUUCGCAAUCAGCAAACACAUCCCUCGAAACCCGCCAUGGCGGCCGCAGCGAAACAACCAGCAGCAGUUCGCGGAAACCAGAGAGUCGAUGCCGCCGCUAUUGAAGUGUCAGUGCAAUCAUCAGCCGAGAAAACCGCGGCCGAACAAGAGGCAGACGCGGCGCGCAAAGCGGCCUUUGAGAAACAAAACGCUCUUCCCGUCUGGCAUACGCAUUCGACCGUUUCCACUACAGCUGGUAAUAUCGGCCAAAUAAAAGCCGAAACAGACGCGGAAAUCAAAGCGGAAAUCAAAGAUGAUGGCGACGAGACGAAACCAAGCAUGGAUGCGCUGGACGACAUUGCCGCAUAUUACGCCGAAAUCGCAAAAGCCAAGGCUGAAGAAGCAACAUCCCCAGAUGAAGAUGACUCUGAUGACGACGAAGAUGAGGAUGAUUUCGAGGAUAUAUCUGUCGUCGGCACACCGGCCGCGACGACGCUUGGACAAGGCCCAACCAGUGCACCGGCUUUGGGACGCUCGCCCAUAGCUGGAAUUAAGCGUGAACUCGACUCGGAGUCUGGUAGUAGUGCGCCCCAAACUGCUUCUGGUACACCUGGAACUCCAAUUGAUGAUGGUCCUGUGAGCAAGAAAAUAAAAACGGAGGACGAUAGCGUCAAGAAAGAGGAAGAAUCUGAUGAAGAUGAAGAAGAAUUUGAGGACGUUUCAUAG